CGGGCUGGGAGGGCUCCCGCGCAGGGGCGGGAGGGCUCCCGCAGCUGACUGGCUCUCGAGCAGGGGGCCGCGGCGGCCGGGGUCGCCCAGCUAGAGCCACCGGCUACAGUUCAUCGCCCCCGCGAGGCGAGGCCACAGAAGUCGCGUUGGCCCUUCGCCAACUCCUGCCACCUCCACCGCAGAGGAACGACGGCCGACCACCGUCUCCGCCGCGCUCUCGAGGCGCGCGGCGUUCUUGGCCCCGUCCGGCCACCGUUGCUUUCUAUACAGCGGCGCCCCUGACCCGGAAGAGCAUUCUCCUUAGCAACUGCGGGACCGCGGCGGCGCCAGCCUCCCGGGAGCGACGCUAGUGACACCUGAGCCACUCAAGGCAGGAAGAACUCUGAGCUGAGCAGUGGAGGUCUCUCUGGAUCUGGAGAGAAGAGGUCACCUUGGAACCAGUAAUGAGCCAUCCUGACUGCAGGCUGAACUUCCGGCCCCUGGGGACCCCCAGAGGUGUGUCCUCUGUGGUUGGCCCACAUGGUGUUGGUGCUUCGCCAGGUGACAAAAAGGCAAAGAGCAAGUCCGUACGAGGGAAGAAAAAGAGCAUAUUUGAAACCUACAUGUCCAAGGAGGAUGUUUCAGAAGGCUUGAAGAGAGGAACACUUAUUCAGGGUGUAUUGAGAAUUAAUCCAAAGAAGUUUCACGAAGCCUUCAUUCCUUCCCCGGAUGGUGAUCGAGACAUUUUUAUUGAUGGUGUUGUUGCUCGUAAUAGAGCCUUGAAUGGGGAUCUGGUGGUCGUGAAGCUGCUUCCAGAAGAGCAGUGGAAGGUAAUUAAACCAGAGAGCAAUGACAAAGAAACAGAAGGUACCGAUGAAUUAGAUCUCCCUGAAGAGCUCUGUGGAAGCCAUCUCCCGCAGCAGUCCGUGAAAGGCUAUAAUGACAGUCCUGAUGUCAUUAUAGAGGCUCAGUUUGAUGACAGCGACUCAGAAGAUGGACAUGGCAACACACAGAAUGUUCUGGUUGAUGGUGUUCAGAAACUCUCAGUUUGUGUUCAUGACAAAGGAAAAGAAGAUGCCGAUGCCCCCGUCACAAAAGAUGAGAGCACCUCCAUGUCACAGGACACAAGAGUUUUAUCAGAGAAGUCUCUGCAAAGAUCAGCAAAGGUGGUUUACAUCUUGGACAAAAAACAUUCCCGAGCAGCAACGGGCUUUCUCAAACUCUUGGCUGAUAAGAACAGUGAACUGUUUAGGAAAUAUGCCCUGUUUUCUCCCUCGGACCACCGAGUGCCUAGAAUUUAUGUGCCUCUCAAGGACUGUCCCCAGGACUUUGUGACCCGGCCUAAAGAUUAUGCCAACACACUGUUCAUCUGCCGCAUCGUGGACUGGAAGGAGGACAGCAAUUUUGCCCUGGGGCAUCUGGCUAAGAGUCUUGGGCAGGCUGGUGAAAUUGAGCCUGAAACAGAAGGAAUACUAACAGAGUAUGGUGUGGAUUUCUCUGAUUUUUCUUCAGAAGUUCUAGACUGUCUUCCUCAAGGUCUGCCCUGGACAAUCCCACCAGAGGAAUUCAGCAAGAGAAGAGAUUUAAGGAAAGACUGUAUCUUCACCAUUGACCCAUCUACUGCCCGCGACCUCGAUGAUGCCCUCUCCUGCAAGCCGCUUGCUGACGGCAACUUCGAAGUGGGGGUUCACAUUGCUGACGUCAGUUACUUUGUUCCUGAGGGAUCCCCUCUGGAUAAAGUAGCUGCUGAGAGAGCCACGAGUGUCUACUUGGUUCAGAAGGUUGUCCCCAUGCUUCCCAGGCUGCUGUGUGAGGAGCUGUGCAGCCUCCAUCCCAUGACAGACAAGCUGACCUUCUCUGUGAUCUGGACACUCACCCCAGAGGGCAAGAUCCUUGGUGAAUGGUUUGGUCGGACCAUCAUUCGCUCCUGCACCAAACUGAGCUACGAGCACGCACAGAGCAUGAUUGAAAGCCCGACUAAGAAAAUCCCUGAGAAGGAGCUGCCCCCCAUCUCCCCGGAGCACACCAGCGAGGAGGUACACCAGGCCGUCUUGAAUCUCCACGGAAUUGCAAAGGAGUUACGCAAACAGCGGUUUGUGGACGGCGCGCUGCGUUUGGAUCAACUAAAACUUGCUUUCACUCUGGAUCACGAGACUGGAUUGCCUCAAGGAUGUCACAUCUACGAGUACCGUGACAGCAACAAGCUCGUGGAGGAGUUCAUGCUCUUGGCCAACAUGGCAGUGGCCCACAAGACCUACCGCGCCUUCCCUGAGCGUGCCCUGCUGCGCCGGCACCCCCCGCCCCAGACCAAGAUGCUCAAUGACCUCAUGGAAUUCUGUGACCAGAUGGGGCUGCCCAUGGACUUCAGCUCUGCCGGGGCCCUCAACAAAAGUCUGACCAAAACAUUUGGAGAUGACAAGUACUCACUGGCCCGGAAGGAGGUGCUCACCAACAUGUGCUCCCGGCCCAUGCAGAUGGCACUGUACUUCUGCUCGGGGACGCUGCGGGACCAGGCACAGUUCCGGCACUAUGCCCUCAACGUACCACUCUACACCCACUUCACCUCCCCCAUCCGCCGCUUUGCUGACGUCCUGGUGCACCGCCUCCUGGCCGCCACUCUUGGCUACAGGGAGCUGCCGGACCUGGAACCCGACGCCCUGCAAAAGCAGGCCGACCACUGCAAUGACCGCCGCAUGGCGUCCAAGCGCGUACAGGAGCUCAGCACCGGCCUCUUCUUUGCCAUCCUCGUGAAGGAAAGUGGCCCCCUGGAGUCAGAAGCCAUGGUGCUAGGCGUCCUGAACCAAGCCUUCGACGUGCUGGUGCUGCGCUACGGGGUGCAGAAGCGUGUCUACUGUAAUGCGCUGCCCCUGCGGUCCCACCACUUCCAAAGGGUGGGCAAGAAGCCGGAGCUCACGCUUGUCUGGGAGCCUGAGGACCUAGAGCAGGAGCCGGUGCAGCAGGUCGUGACCAUCUUCAGCCUGGUGGAGGUGGUGCUGCGGGCGGAGACCUCGGCCCUCAAGUACAGUGCCACCCUGAAGCGGCCGGGCCCCGAGGGCCCCCCGGGCCCGCAGGAGGCGGAGGAAGCGUGACGGUGACGACGGCGGCGGCCUCCAGCCCAGCCGCACCCCACCCACACGACGGCCCCACCCGCUGGCUUUUAGGAAUAGGACCUUUUGGCACCAAAGGGGACUUUUAAUUUGGUUUUUAACAACUCAGGGUUUUUGUUUUUAUUUCUUCGUUUUGUUUUAUUUUUGCAGCUCAGUUUUUAAACAAAUUGUGGAGAGGAGAGGGUGGGGCCGGACGGAAGGCUGAGGCCUGGCUGGUGCUUAACCAGAGCAGAACAGGACCCGGUCCUCCCGGGAGGCCAGCCCCUCUUCUGCCUGCCCACCCACUGCCUUCCCCUGCCCAGGAAGCCGGGGGUUUUCAGCAAAUCAGUGUCAUGGAAUAAAAUCAGGUGUGAAUUGCG